AUGGACGUCAACAGUGCCAGCUUUCCUUCCGAGCUCGUCAAAAUCAUCCAACAUAUUGCCAACAGCCGCUUCAUUGCCUUUGAUCUCGAGUUCUCGGGCGUAGCUGGGAGGAGGGCUGCUGGCGGCGCAAACCGACUCAGCCUACAGGAAUACUACUCCGAUUUAAGAGCCGCUGCCCAGAUCUAUCAAAUUCUACAGGUUGGCCUGACUAUCGUCACGGAGGAUACUGAAAAAGGUCGCUAUGAGGCCCGACCUUACAAUUUCUAUCUCUGUCCGCUACCGACAACGAAGGAAUCAGUUUUUGCGCGAGUAUGGUCGUACAACACCGUUUCAUUUCUCAUGCGGAAUGGCUUUGGCAUGGACAAACCCUUUACGCAAGGAGUUCACUAUCUCUCGCGGCAGGAGGAAGACCAAGUCCGAAACAAGUUAAUUGAAGAAGAGCAAGUCAGGUCUAAGAUCCCGGACAUGCAACUCAGAGACGACGACAAUUUCCUCGUGGAUCAUAUCAAGAAGUCAGUAAAUGACUGGCAAGCCCUGCCGAAGGAGCAGCAAGAAUCUUAUCUGAACAUCCCCGCCGAAGAUGCUAAAGAGCCAAUACCUUCGACGCUCAACCGGUACCAGGUUCGACUUACCCACCAGACUAUCAGGAACGAGUACCCCAACCUCAAAACCCAGGGCAUGGGUCAUUUCGUCCAGAUCACCAACCCCACUAGUGAGCAACAAGCCAACGAAAAGGAACUUCGCGAGCAGAGACGUGAGCUCGAAAUUGCCAACGCUGUAGGCUUUCGAUGGGUCUUAGAGGCGAUUAUGGGCGGCGAUAUCUCUAACCUGCCGCACCACUAUGUUGUUGCAGCGCAUUCUCCCGAGGACAAGCCGAAAGAUGUACAGCGCUUUCUAAAUGAUCUUCAGAAGAAGUUAAAGGCCCAGACCAGAGCCGUGGUAGGCCACAACUGCUUGACGGACGUUAUCAACCUAUAUCGCUGCUUCGUCGGGGAUCUGCCGGAGAAAGUGGGAGAUUUCAGUGCUCAUCUGCACAAGCUGUUUCCUAUUAUCAUGGAUACCAAGUUUGUGGCUGGCCUUGGGAACAAACGAUGGGCGGAUACCUCCUUGAGAUCUGUUGAAAGCGAGCUCAGUUCCGUUGAACUACCUCAGAUUCACCUACCCCCGACAUUCGAUCGAUACCUCUAUGCGGCCAACUAUCACGAGGCAGGCUUUGACAGCUUUGUCACAGCCAAAAUCGGUCUGAAGAUGCCUGGCAAACUGAAACGAGGCCCCCAAGACCUCAAAUUAUUGGUCGAAGGGUCUGUGCCAGCCCCAGAACGGAAGAUAGAGGUUGAGCACGAGGAGGAUGGGCCAGUCAGUCCUCUUCAGUCUCCUGUCGACGAGGUAGACCAAAAGCAUAGCACCAAGAAAAACAUCGUGGACAUGAUCAAACCCCCGGUCACCACAGUUAGGUCUAUUCUGUCUGGAGCACCAAACGCAAUCACCCAGGAGAAACCGAGCAUAGCUUCUGUUAAAAAAUCCACUCUGCUUAUCCCCGCAUCCGUCAUCCCAACGACUGGGACAGUUAUCGCGACGAAAGAGAAAGCUCAAGCAACACAUAACACAAAGAAUGAACUCCAGAAACUGAGAACGAUAUCGAAGAAGAGGAAUAUCUUUGACGUCCUCGAUGACGAACCAGAGGAUACGCCAGCAGAAGAGCCGGAGAUCAGGGAGCAACAGAGGAUGGCAGACUUGGUCAAAGAAGGGAGGCUGAUGCCAAGAUGGGAACAGGAUGCUGAGUUCUGGGGGUUAAUCGUGAACAAGUUGCAAGCGAACGCAACUCAAGAGGGUAUCUUGCAUUUGACAGAGCACUGA